AUGGCUAGAGGUAGAGGAAGGGAGGCACUUCCCGAGGUUGAUGUUGGGACCCCAACUAGGGGUAGGGGUAGAGGCCGAACUAGAGGCCAUGGCCGAGGGGCGGCGCCAGCUAGAGGUCGUGCUAGAGAGGCUUCUCUUGAGCCACAGAUUGAUGGAUUUAAUCAGAGUGUGAGGGUGAAUGGUACACCUGAGGGUUCUCAGACUAGAGCAGGAGCUCAGACCCCAUGGCAGCAUCAGAUUCCAAUUGUUCAGGGUUCGGUGGACCAGCCACCUGCGGGCCCUAGAGCGGAUGAGGAUGUAGUACAGGUAGAAGGAGCCCAGGUUGCACCUGUGCUCAUAUUGACUGACGACGAGCAACGCCGAUAUGAGAGGUUCUGA